AUUACUAAAAAAUAGCCUAAACACUUCGAUCCAACUGGACAUAAACACCAGCACGAACACACUCGCUAAAAUCGCCACAAAAAUACCAAACAGAAUCGAAAACACUGUUCCGGUGAACAAGAAGAAAUACCACGUUCCGAAGUUUAUGCUAGAAUUAUACGAACAAAAUAAGGUGAAGAGGGACAACUUGACGCGUCCUGACGUCGUCCGCAGCCUAACUCCGAAACAUGCUGGGCCGAUUGACGACAAUGAAGUUCUUGAAGAAUCCGAAAAUCACUUGCUCAUUUUCGAUUUGCCAAACGUGGACGAAGAGGAACAGUUUGUAAGUGCCGAGCUGAAAAUCCUGACUUUGGUUGAGGUCAAAUCAGGGGUUGAGCGACAACUCGUAGUUUCAAUCUACGACGAUGUGACUAAAAAGUUUCACCACCUGGAGCAAAUCCAUGUUUACCACAUGAACGACACGUGGAUUUCUUUCAACGUUACGCAACCAGUCGUCAAAAUUUUGCAAAAAACGCAAGGGCAGAAGUAUCUGAAAGUGGUAAUUUCGGUGCGCGCGUUUUUGUCCUAUUACAAGGCGCCUAAGAGUGACUUUAAACUGUCUCUAAUGCCAGUCGAAGAUGAUUUUGACCACGAUUACCCAAUCCUCUUACUGUCUUACACUUCAAAUAAUAAAAAUAUAACACGACGGAAAAAGCGCAGCUUGGAGGAUGACUAUGAAGAAGAGACGAACAAACUGUGGGACGACGACACGACCAAAAAAAUCCAAGCAAAGAAGAUGAAAAAAGUGAAGAAUAGUUGUCGCCGCAAGCCCCUCUAUAUCAAUUUCUCUGAAAUCAAUUUCGAUUUGUGGAUUCUCCAACCUCCAGGUUACGAGGCGUACCAGUGCCAAGGCAAGUGUUUCUACCCCGUGGCUGAGCACUUGAACCCCACCAAGCACGCCAUAGUGCAGGCACUCCUCCACAGCGUGUCUCCAUCAAAGGUUUCGAGGUCUUGCUGCGUCCCAACCAACUUGGACUCGAUUUCAAUCCUCUACGUCGACAAUAACGGCGUUCUCACUUACCGUUACGCUUACAAGGACAUGGUGGUGUUAGAGUGUGGUUGUAGAUAAGUUCGGUAAUAAAUAUAUUGUGAGAAAUAUUACAAUUGAGCACGAGUCUUAACACAGCACUUGGUACACUUAACUAAACAUAGCACUACACAUUUCGUUGUUCUUCCUGUUCAGGGAGUACGUUGUUCCCGGCACUUGCACUUUCUUGUACUUGGCGAUUCGCAUCUUGUGCUUGCUCCCGGGGAUCCGUUCGAUUUUGUAAAUGUUGUGUCUGAAAUCAUCAAUUAAAAACGAAAAAACUCGACUAGAAAAAAUUACCUGAAAAUCGAAUCCGGCUGAGUGACCCUCAUACACAGAUUCAUGUUUCCUGAGAAGUCUAUGUCUGAUUUGAGAUUCAGUUUCGGUUCAAGCGAGGCACUGAACUCGAUCUGCGACCUCACGAAAGACGCAUCGACUGCAAUCAACCCAUUGGUCACAAUCCCGGCCCUGAAAACUCAACUGAACACAAAUUUGGCACAGUGUUAUAUCUUACGAUUUCUCGACGUUGGAAUCAGCCGUGCGGCCCCACAGCGAAAUCUCGAUGUUUCCAGACAAGUCGAAAGACACGCCCCCUUUCAGACUGAGCUGGGCCACGAAGCCUGGCCCCAGUCUGAUAAACUCGAGGUGGUCUUGCAGCAAAAUAAGGGCCUGGAACGCCGUGGUGCGUUCCGACGCUGUUCCAGACCACACAUGACCCAUGAGUUCGCUCUGACCGUUGAAGAAGACAAACGGGCGGAUUUGCGUGUCCAGAAUUGUGAGGUCCAUGCCAGCAGUGGCCGUUUCCUCGUCACCUUCCACUUCGCCACCCACUAAACCGCUCAAACCGCCGGCGAAAAUCCCCAAACUGAACAUUUCCCUACUCUGGCUGUCUUUAUCCAUCAUGACAUUGACGAUUCCGCGCUUAACAAUCCCGCCAAAGAUUUCCUGGAUUGUGAGAAGACUGCCAUUGCUUGAGGGACUGCGCAAAAACGUGCGUUUUAAAGCGGUCGAAAGGCCAUAAGGGGCCAACACUUCGUAAUUGUUCAACUUUGGGUCGGAUCGGAUCAAGUGCGACAGUCUUUGGUUGAAGUUUCGGUCCUCGUCCGCCAACAUUUGGAGCCGCUGCAUGACGUAUUGCUUGACUUCGACACUAGAAUCGUUGGUUUUGAGGUAGUGUAAGAAGUCUUUCAAGAGACUGUCGCCGGGUUGGGCUUCUAGGAGGAUAUCAGCGGCUAGGGUGCGAGCACUCGUGUCGUAUUUCCGGUCGAGUUGCAAAAACGUUUUCCGCGCUAUUCUGAAUAUGUCAGGGGUCCAUCGAGAAGGACCGAGGGCCUUAAUGGCUUUGAAUGCAAGUACCCCCUCUUUGAACGUCCCUUCUUCUAUUAUUUUGACCAGGAGCGGGACGGUUGUGACACUUUUGAGGUUCUUCAGCGCUCGUAGAAACUUGAACCGGUCUUCACCUUUGGCAUAGUUCAAGUUGUUCACAAUUAUUUCCUCCACGCUUCGCACAAUCUGAAAAAUCAAUGACGUGACGAAACAAUUAAAUGUGACCCACCUUGCGCUCGCCCUGCGUUAAAAACGCCAUUUGUGCAAUAGUGAGGACUAAAGUUUCCUUGACUUUGUCCGGGUAGUUGUCAUUUUUGCGAUGUCUCUCUAACAAAUCUUUCAAAAUAUCGGGGUUAGGGUGCGAAGAGAGUGAAAGUGACCACAGGUAGCGUUCGCUCAAGUCCUGGUGCUCCUCUUUGUCGAAAUGGAGCUUCUUCAAGACACUGGCAUGGGCUUCGGGUGUUUGGACGUAGCCCAAAAUAUCGUAAAUUUGUGGC